AUGAACAUAUCAGAUCACCACAUAGUCAUUGCUACAAUCACGAAUUUUCUAGACAUUAAAUUUCACAAGCGCAAUAUUCCAAAAAAAAUUAGCUUCAAUUUUGAUAAUAUGAACAAAACCAAACUCGACACGUUACUAAAUGGUAGCCAAUUGAAAUUGAUCAAUCAAGAAACAUACUGGACGCAUUUCUUGUUAAACAAACACUGGGACCUCUUCAAAGAUCUUUUAAUUAAUGCAGCUGAGAAAUGUAUACCAAUCAGAAAGUCUUCUGGACAAUUCAAAUAUCCAAGACCACCUGACUUCAAAACACAUCCACACCUAGAUUACCCAUUUAAUUUUGUUGACCUCCUCUUAUCGGACACUAUUCUUUUACUCAAAGUCCUUCUAUGCAAGACCAAAAUUUAUGAAAAUGAAUACAAACUCGCCUCUAUACAGAAAAAUUUAGAAUAG